CUAGGCCAGAAGGCUAUGGGCAAGGAGAGAUCAACGAAAGCGGUAGAUUGAAGGCUGUUGCUUAGAAAAAAGUAAGGACCAAAGGAAGAAAACUCUGUCUCCGUAUAAAGGUGGAGAGAAAGAUGAGAGAUAUGACUUGCAUUUCUUUAAUGCAUCGGAGUCAGCCAAGAGCCCAUAAACAGAAUGGAGGAGGAACUGACCCACACCCCUGGCUCCGGCGGCCUGACGGUAGAAGAAUGCCAGGAUAUGAUUCGACGCAGUCUCGAAACUCAGAAAGUGAAAUUUUUGAAGGAGCAUUUGGAGAAAGCUGGGUGCGGGAUUGGGGACAAUUUCAUUAACGCUGUUAAUUGUGAUAAGAAUAUCAGUGGUGGUUAUGUUCGUGGUGAAGGGAUAAUGGUGUGCAGUAAUCACAUGAAUGUUCAAGAUGAGGUCAACCAAGUGGUUAUGCAUGAACUGAUUCAUGCUUAUGAUGACUGCCGUGCUGCAAACUUGGACUGGGCUAAUUGUGCCCAUCAUGCCUGUAGUGAGAUUCGUGCUGGCCAUCUAAGCGGAGAUUGUCAUUAUAAAAGGGAACUGCUGCGUGGUUACAUGAAAAUAAGAGGUCAUGAACAAGAAUGUGUGAGAAGAAGAGUGAUGAAAUCAGUGAUUGCCAACCCAUACUGCUCAGAAGCUGCUGCAAAGGAUGCCAUGGAAGCUGUCUGGGAUGUCUGUUACAAUGAUACAAAGCCCUUUGAUAGAGCCCCUUGAAUCAAUGCUAUGACCAAAAGAUUAGCUGCUGCUAAAGACCUUGCCUCUCAACAUCUGUGGAACCUGCCCAUGUUCAGCAAGAAUAUUCAAUUUUUUCAGACGUUUCCUCAUUUUUUUUCUUUUAGAAGCACCAAAGGGAUCUUUCUAUUUAUGAACAACAUUACAUUGAUGUCCGUGCCAAUGAUUGAUAUUCGUCUUAGGGGUCAGAGAUAACCAAAAAAACGAAAAGAAAGAAUACCCUUUUAGUUUCACCAUUCUCAGAAAGAAAUAUAGUUAAAAGUAGAUCGACCCUUUUGGACGACACAUUCAUUAUCAGGAUAAUACUAAUAAAACUCGCUGUAUGUUUCCAA